AUGGCCUCCGCACAUUCGUUUCUGCUGUUCCUGUCGCUCGUUCUGAUCCAGCUGUCUUCAUUCGUUUCGGCUGCGCCCUGGAUCGUCACGGCCUACUAUCAAGAGACCGUCUACACGGAAUCGGGCUACUACACGACUUACACCACCACCUCCAUCGACCAAAUCACCCCCACGGCCACUUCCCUGCCCCCAGCGCUGUCCACCAUCACCUCCGUGGCCACCGAGAACACCUAUGGCUCCUACGACGACGAGGUCGUGACUGUCAUCCAACAGCUGUAUCCCAGCGGAGUGGGAUCCGACUUCUACGACGCCUACUACGACCAGGAAGACGAGGCGGACAGCACCCAGUUCGUCGUCAACCUGACCUACACGGCGCCUACCGGCUGCUCGUCGCAGUGGACCACCACCACCACCGCCGAGAUCUUCCCCCCGGCGCGCGUGCAAAGCCUGCUCCCCCUGACCGCCGUGUCCACCUCGCUGUCCGUCGACAGCAGCCAACCCUUUCAGCCGACCACCUACACCAUCGAUGUGGUUUACGUCGACCCGACGCAGAUCCCCAGCAGCUCCCUCAGCCUGCUGAGCGCCGAAUACCUCCCCACGGGGCUCUACACCGGGGCCGGCUGCACCUACACCGGCUCCGCGAGCGGCGGCUACGACAGCAACGGGUACUACAACGAGUGGGACGACGACGACUACAACUGGUUCACCGACCCCUCGUACUUCGGCGGCCUGUCCCCGCUGGGCCUCACCCUCGCCGUCUCGCUCGGCUGGAUCGGCCUCUUCCUGAUCCUGGGGUUCGUCGAGGCCUGGGUGCGCUUCCGCCGCCUGAUGACCGGCUGGCAGACCCGCCGCGGCCUCCCCGUCUGCUGGUCGCUGCUCGUGCUGCCCUUCACCCUCCUCCUGCUGUGCUGGUUCCGCAAGGGCUACCGCGCGCGCUCACAGGCGGACGGCGAGGUGCUGCAGAAGCGCUGGAAGGCGAUGGGGUUCGGAACGAAGCUCAAGCUGUUUUUCGUCUGGGGGUUCCGCUUCAAAUACCCGCCUAUGCUGGGCCCGGCCCCCGCGCGGGUCAAGACCAGCAAGCAGCCGGAGAGGACCCCCGGUCCACGCCUUCUGGAGCCAAGUCCGGCGUCGAGUCUGGCGCCCCAGUCGCGGCAGGGGUCGACGGCCGAGGCGAGUGGGGGG